AAUAUUAAACUUACAAAAAAAAAGAGAGUAACUGACAAUUGUUGACAACAAGUACAACAAGCUGUGAUUAAUUAUUACCUAAAUACUCUUUAAUAAUUACAAGCAAUAAUUUAAAAAAUAAUUGAACUUGUCAUUUAAAUAAAACUAAAAAACUUUUUUUUUAAAUCUUUGCGGGUAAAUAAUUGAAAUAGAAUUUAGGGCGUGCUGUCAAAAUGAUCGACUCCAGACACUGAUUUUUUAAAUAAUAUAUUUAUUAUUUAAAAUUGAAUAAAAUUCGAGCUAAAAAAUGGAGAAGAGAGGAAGCGCAGAAUUGCUAGCAGAUAAUUCGAAGAAUGCGAGCACGGAUUCAUUAAACUCCAGCAAAAGCAGCUCGCUCAACUCCAAAAUAGGCCAUGAAUCGGAGAGUUGGGAAAAAGCAUCUCAAUCAAAAAGCUUCUCCACCAGCUCGACUUCUACAGAUAACAAUAUAAUCUCCGCGUUGGAGACUAAAAAAGACGACAGAGUAAGCCCGAACUUGGGCGAUAGCGGGCCGCCAUUAUUGAACGGAGAGCGCCGGCAAGGAGUCGCAAGGGAAGUGACGUACCUCUGUCCCUACUCAGGGCCCUCUCGCGGGGUUCUGACUGUAACAAACUACAAGCUGUACUUCCGUUCGAGCGACCGUGAAACUCCGUACACAGUCGAGGUUCCAUUGGGCGUGAUUUCGCGAAUAGAAAAAGUGGGCGGAGCCUCGUCUAGGGGCGAGAACUCCUACGGAAUAGAAGUGUUCUGCAAGGACAUGCGGAACUUGCGGUUCGCACACAAGCAGGAGAACCAUUCAAGGCGAGACGUAUUCGAGAAACUCCACCAGUACUCGUUUCCGCUGAGCCACAAGCUUCCGCUGUUUGCGUUCGAGUACUCGGAGACUUUUCCGGAGAACGGGUGGGCGGUCUACGAGCCAAUUGCGGAGCUCAAGAGAAUGGGCGUCAACAAUGACAUGUGGAAGAUCACGAGGAUCAACGACAGUUACGCCAUCUGCGACUCUUAUCCCGCGAUCUGGGCGGUUCCUACCGCGGCUACUGACGAGGAUUUAGCGGCUAGUGCGGCUUUUAGGAGCAGGGGGCGCCUUCCAGUUCUCUCUUGGAUCCAUCCGGAGUCUCAAGCGACGAUCACCAGGUGCGCGCAGCCUCUUGUCGGCGUCGCCGCUAAAAGAAGCCCCGAAGACGAAAGGUAUGUCCAGCUGAUCAUGGACGCUAAUGCGCAGAGUCACAAACUGUUCAUCAUGGACGCUCGGCCCAUGCCCAAUGCCAUUGCUAAUCGCGCCAAAGGGGGCGGGUACGAGUCCGAAGAUGCUUAUCAGAACGCGGAACUCGUUUUUUUGGAUAUUCAUAAUAUUCAUGUGAUGAGGGAGAGCAUGCGGAAGCUUACGGAACUAUGCUUUCCGACUAUUGAUGAGGCUAAAUGGCUCUCUGGGAUUGAGGCUACCAUGUGGCUCAAGCAUCUGAAGUGCAUUUUGUUUGGAGCUGUUAGGAUUGUUGAGAAGGUCGAAAGUCACAAGACAUCAGUGUUAGUUCAUUGUUCCGACGGUUGGGACAGGACAGUUCAACUUACAGCCUUAGCAAUGCUGCUGUUGGACCCCUACUACAGGACCAUAAAGGGAUUUGAAGUACUGAUCGAGAAGGAAUGGCUGUCCUUUGGGCACAAAUUCUCCCAGAGGAUCGGUCACGGGGACGAGCACCACAGCGACGCAGACAGAAGCCCAGUGUUCCUCCAGUUCAUCGACUGCGUCUGGCAGAUCACCCAGCAGUUCCCGAACGCCUUCCAGUUCAACGAGCACUUCCUGGUGACCAUCCUGGACCACCUCUACAGCUGCAGGUUCGGAACUUUCCUCUUUAGCAGCGAGAGGGAAAGAGUCGCUGAAGGAGUCAAGCAAAGAACGGUGUCGCUCUGGUCCAUGAUCAAUUCUCAGGUUGCGUUAUACAUGAACCCCCUCUACUGGGCUGGGUAUCAGACGGUGCUGCUGCCUACCGCCAGUAUCAGGUACGUCAAGCUCUGGAAAGGACUCUACUGUCGCUGGAACCCCAGUAUGCGGCAACAGGACCCUGUUUAUCAGAGGACGAGAGAGUUGCUUGUCUUAAAGGAACAGCUGGAGAAGCAGGCUGAGGAGUGCAGGAGGGAACUUAAUGUCAGGGCUACAAGAAAUCAGAGGAUCCAAAUUCAUAGUUAAGAUUUGUAAGAGGCCAGAAAUAAAAUUUGAGGCUGAAAUAAUAGAAUUUUUGGGAGUUUUUUUGAGAAAGGGGCGUGGUUUGUGGAACGGGGAGAAGCUUAUAGUUCUCAGGGCGGGUCUUAUCAUUCUUAAGGCGGAGUUAAAGGCGUGGUAGGAAAAAUGGGUGGGUUUAAGUAAUAGUGGGGAAAAUUUUGAGUUUGGAAGAUUAAAUUAAGUAAAUAAUUAAAAACUAAUAAAGAAUUUUUAUUAUUUUAAGUGUAAUUAGGUUAAUUUUAUUAUAAAAAAAGGAAAUAAGUUUAAAAGUGGGGGAGAAAAAGAAUAAAUAGGCGGAGUUUUGGCAAAAAAGUGGGAAAAAGGCGCUUUUUGUUAUGAAAUUUUGAAUAAAUUAAUUUUGAACUUGAUAA